GUUGGAUUGCGAACAAUUCAACGCGCGCGUAUAAAAGGGAAGGCGUGAGCAAAUUCAAACAAGGUCACUCCUGCUUCUUGCACAUUUCACAAAGCACAAACACCCCCAAAACUCGCACAACAAUGCCCGUCGCAAAGAUCUACGGUCUGCCCCUCUCCACCUGCGCCCAGCGCGUCAUGAUGGCGCUGCACGAGCACAACGUCCCCUUUGAAUUCGUCCCAGUCAGCUUUGCCGAGAUCAAGGAGUCGGCCCACCUUGCUCGCCAGCCCUUUGGCCAGAUGCCCGUGUUUGAGGACGUCGACGGCUUCCAGGUCUAUGAAUCUCGCGCCAUCAUCCACUACAUUGACGCCAAGUACAAGGGCCAGGGCAACGACCUGGUCCCCGCGGACAUCAAGCAGGCCGCCCUGGUCGAGCAGUGGCUCUCGGUCGAGUAUUCCAACUUCAAUCCCGCGACCACGGCCAUCGUCACCGAGACCGUCUUCAAGCCGCACCUGUUCAAGAUUGAGGGCGACAUGGCCAAUGCCGAGGCCCAGGCCGCCAAGCUCGCCAAGAUCCUCGACGUCUACGAGCAGCACCUGUCCAAGAACGAGUACCUUGCCAACAACCAAUUCUCGCUCGCUGAUCUUGCCCACCUUCCGUACGGGCAGCACCUUGCCCGCGGCCAGUUCGGUCACCUCAUCACCUCGCGCCCCCACGUCAACGCCUGGUGGAACCGCAUCACCUCGCGCCCCACCUGGCAGAAGGUCCUUUCCCACCAAUAAGCCGCUUGAUUGUUUGAAAUAAAACAAAAAGAUGCUGCAGUAGUGCUUGUUAUGGUAAUACAGCUGUUUUUGUUUG